AUGGAAAGCAUGAUUGUAUUAGUACAUCUAAUGAUCAUAGCUUUCCUCGCUCCGUAUGUGGCAGCGCAGUCGAACACGAACACGAACACAACCUGCACGGGGCCCAUGCUACGCAGCUUCGGGUCGUGCAUAGGGUACCUGGCAAGCAGGUCGAACACGUCGUCGCCAACGUCAGCCUGCUGCAACUCGUUGAGGGGAAGGGAUCGCCUGCUAGACCUCAUGAGCAACGGCCAGGAUUGCUUGUGCCUGAUAGUGACAGGAGGUGUACCUUUCCAAGUUCCCAUCAAUCGAACUCUCGCAAUCUCCCUUCCUAAAGCAUGCAGGCAAUCUGGAGUCCCAAUUGAGUGCAAAGCCACGGCUAGCCCUGUUCCAGCUCCAGCACCAAGGAAUUCAAACCCCGCUGCACCAAAUAGAUCUCCUCCUCCUUCAAUUCCUCAAGUUCCAUUUAAUCCUCAGCCCUCGACACCGCCGCCUCAGACGCCGCAAAGUGACCUAGUCCCGACACUUACGCCACCGGGAAUGCGACCAACAUUGUCGGCUGCGCCGCCAUCUCCAAGUGUUUUUCCAUCUCUUCCUGUAGCGAUGAUGGGGGUCUUUCUCAUCUACUUUUGUUGAUAUAUAUGGAUUUUGGAUUUCAUUGAUUCAUUAUUUGUAUAAUAAUUUCACU